AUGACCAAAUGUAGUCGAUUAUUUAAGAUGAUUGGCGUUAUUUUCAUAUUCUUAACCGCCACUUCGUGCAUUUUGGGAGCUCCUACGGAAACUACAACUGUUUCCGCAAGUUUUUCCGCUUCGGUGUCCGGGCCACUCAAAGUAGAUCUGGUCGGCGGGCAAAGUGUGCAGUCUGAAAAUAUCAUUGCGCCAUCAGCCUCGAUUUCUAUAACAAAAUCGUUAUUUGAUACCGCACCUAGAAAAAUUGAGUAUGCAGUAUUAGAAACAGAAGGGCCUUUUAGUACUAAAUUGACUUUUAUGGAGCAACUGCAAGCUCUACUAACUGGAAACUGGCAGCCACAGCCUAUCGUAGACACAAUAUCAGAAGAUGAAAAAUAUGGCAACUCAGGUGAUAAAUUCAGUACUGUUGGCAGAGCUGUAGUGAGUGGCUUUGAAGGGCUUUCAAACUUAAUUAAUAAAGUUGUAGAUUAUCCAUACGAAGCAUUCAAGAAAUUUUCUAGACAAGCAACAGCAAAGUUAAAUAAUCUUGGCAGUAAGAUAGUUGGACUAUAA